UUGAAAGAAAUAAUGAGGGUUUCAUUUAGAUUUCAGCCCUUUUUUUUGUGUCAUCCUCCCCCAUUUCUGAACUAUCAAACACGGCAGCGAAGUGCGAUAAUGCUCUGAUAGACUGAGAAGAGUUGUAGAAGAAUGCAACAUUUUCUGGGUAUUGUUAAAGAAGCUAACUUUCUACAUAUUGAGUAUUCACUAUUUCACCACUUUUCUCUUCCAAUAAAACGCUGAAAAUUCUGGGUUUCAAUCAUCAGGUCAGUUUUAAUCCAAUAAAGGGCAAAACUUUAUUUCUAAUUUCGUUUGUGGGUCUAUUUAGUUUUUGCUCAUUUCACCUGCUUCAAUUCUAUAUAUUUGUUGUUUCAACUUAAACUUAAACUAAGCUCCAAGAAAAAAAUUACACCCUUUGAUUAAAUUAAGCUUAGUUCUUAACUUUGCAAUGAGAAUUUCUGGUUUGAGUAAUUCCUCAAUUCUUGGUAAUUUAGCUAAAAAUAAGCGGAAAUUAAUACCAAUUCCAAAUGGAACAAUCCCUGAUCCCAAAGGUCAAGACCUUGAUUUUGUGAAUGUUGCAUAUAGCCAUCUUAUACACUCUGAUUGGGAAAAAUUGGAGAAAUUAUCAAGUGGUUUUACCCCAUUUAGAUUUAAGCAUGUUUUGUUGAAGAUGAAGAAAGAUUAUGUUCUUUCAUAUGAAUUGUACAAGUGGGUUCAGCUUAAAAAUCCUACUUUUCACAACCUUGAAACUCAUUCCAUGAUUCUCCAUGUUUUGACCAAACACCGGAAAUUUAAGUCUUCUCAAUUGAUUAUGAAGGAUAUACUGAAUUCGAGCUCGGUUGAUUUGCCUUUUAAGCUGUUUGAGGCGAUAUUGUACUCGUAUCGGUUGUGCGAUUCAUGUCCUGCUGUGUUUGAUGCACUUUUUAAGACUCAUGCUCAUAUGAAGAAGUUUAGAAAUGCUACAGCUACUUUUUGCCAGAUGAAAGAUUAUGGGUUUUUACCCACAAUUGAGUCAUGCAAUGCAUUUAUGAGUUCUUUGCAUAGUUUGAAUAGGGAAGAUAUUGUAUUAACCUUUUAUGGGGAAAUUCGGAGGUGUAGGAUUUCGCCGAAUACUUAUACUAUGAACAUGGUUAUUUAUGCUCACUGUAAGAUGGGAAAUAUGGACAAGGCCAUUGAGGUGUUUCAGGAUAUGGCAAGUAUGUGUCUCUUUCCUACUGUUGCAUCACAUAAUAUACUUAUUUCCGCGUAUUGCAAUAAGGGCCUCCUCACCUCGGCCAUAAAGCUAAAAGCCUUGAUGGAAAAGAAUGGAUUAAAGCCAGAUAGUGUUACUUAUAACACACUUAUUAACGGGUUUUGCAAGCAAAAGAAAAUGCAUGACGCAAACAAGGUUUUUAGUGAGAUGAAAGGUGUAAAUGUGUCUCCUAAUACUGUGACUUACAAUUCUUUGAUAAACGGAUAUAGCCAGCUGGGUAACAGUGAGAAGGGAUAUGAACUCUAUGAAGAGAUGAUAAAUAUAGGGGUGAAGGCCGAUCUUCUGACAUAUAAUGCUUUGAUAUUGGGAUUCUGUAAGGAGGGUAAGACUAAGAAAGCUGCUCUCGCAGUUAAAGAACUCGACAAGCAGAAUUUUGUCCCAAACUCCUCAACAUUUGCUGCUCUUAUUUUAGGACAAUGCACGAGAAAGAAUUCUGAACGUGCAUUUGAACUGUACAGAAGUAUGAUUAGAAGUGGUUGUCAUCCAAACAGUAAUACAUAUGAGAUUUUGAUUUCCUCCUUCUGUCAUAAUCAGGAUUUUGAUGGAGCAAUUCAGGUUUUGAGGGAAAUGUUGGGAAGAAAUAUAACUCCUGCUUCAACAAUACUUUCUGAGUUGUGCAAUGGGCUUUGUGAAAAAGGGAAUGAAAAUUUGGCUGUAAAAUUACGCAAUGAGGUGGAAGCUAGAUCUCGUGGCUGAGGAUUUCAAGAAUUCACACAAGACUAUUGAUGUCUGAAUAUGUAUGGCUUUGUCUGACGAGCUAUACUUUCCACUUUCCAGAUCAAAUGCAGGAGCCAACAGUGCAUCCAGCUCCCCGUGACCCUUUGGUCUUCAGUUCACUUAGCAACAGCAGCAUAGAGUGAGCUUAUAUGGAAUGGAGGUCAGGUUAUAUCCAGAUUUUCAUUUCUUUGCUGAACAGUAACAUAUUUAUCAUAAUAGGAUAUUGGGUUGUUCUAGUGUAGGAUCCAUUUGAAGUCUUUGAUAUACAUGCUUGAUCUUGGAGUAUGUUAAGCCGUGAGGUUUCUGUGGAGUACAUAGGUUAGCUUAUGUUCCGACCGAUGGGGAAUUGCUCACAAUAUUAGGUGAGUGGUGGAGGCAGGAGACUCUGCACGGACAUUGUCGAGUGGCAUCACCCAGAUCAGGCUCCAAUUUGAUUUUAAGCAGCCUCUGCCACCUUGUGAUCUCUGCACUAAAACGCAUCGACUUGAUUGACGAGGAAAAUAUCAAUUUGAUUUCAAGCAGCUACAUAUGGUCUACUUAAAGUUUCGGGGGACUUAGCUUGACAGAGCGGUGCAAGCAACGGAUAUUCUGGAGAUUGCAUAUGUAUGUUGUUGAUUGAAGUUGUCAAAUAUUCGUAAGGUGUAGAUUGGUGCUCGAUUAUUGUUAUCGAAAAA